UUAAAUAGUGCUAGGUUAUUAAAUAGUACGGAUCCAUUCUCAUCAAUAUAUAUUUACUAAAAGCAGUAAACAUGUCUGAUGCAACGAGUGCUUCUAUGAAUAAUAUAAAAAUCGAACCACUAGAUAUAGUUAAAACAGAAAAUGAGGAUGAACUUGAUGACAAUGUUAAAUCUGAAUCCUGUUCUGAAGAUGACAAAACGUGUUUAGAAAAUUUCAUGAACUCUGAAGUAAAGAUUGAUGAAGAAACCAAACAGGAAUUAGAUGUUGAAGGCUCGUUAUGCAAUCAAUCACCUAAUACAAAGUAUCUAUUAAUUCUGCGCUUGUGUGAUACCUCAAAAAAACCUUCAAGCUUGAAUGAACCUGAUAAUGAAACAAAGCGUUCUCACAAAUGUGAAAUAUGUAAUAAUGGAUUCCAAACAUCAACUAGUUUGAAAAUUCAUAUGCGAACACAUACUGGAGAAAGACCCUAUAAGUGUGAAACAUGCGAUAAAACAUUCACACAAAUAGGUAGUUUGAAAACACACAUGAUUGUUCAUUCCAUAGAGCGUCCAUACAAAUGUGAAAUAUGUAAUAAGAGAUUUGCUCUCUUACAUAAUCUAGAAACGCACAAGGUAUUUCAUACCGGAGAGCGUCCAUAUAAAUGUGAAAUAUGUAGUAGAGCAUUUCACACAACAAGUAAUUUAAAAAAUCACAUGCACAUUCAUUCCACAGUGCGUCCAUAUAAGUGUGAAAUAUGUUAUAAUAAAUUCAAUUCAACAACUAAAUUAAAACGUCAUAUUCUAAGUCAUACUGGAGAAUACUCCCAUGAAUGCGAAAUAUGCAACAAAAAAUUCGCACAAUCAUGUAAUCUGAAAAAACACAUGCACAUUCAUACAGGAGAUUAUCCAUUUAAAUGUGAAAUAUGCAACAGGGGGUUCACAGAAUCAAGUAAUCUAAAAAAGCACAUGUUUAUUCAUUCUGGAGAGCGUCUGUUUAAAUGUGAAAUAUGUAAUAAAGCUUCCCGAACAUCAGAUAAUUUAAAGUAUCAUAUGAAAACACAUACUGGGGAACGUCCAUACAAAUGUGAAAUAUGCAGUAGGACAUUCACAGAAUCAAAUAGUUUAAAAAGGCAUAUGUUUCUUCAUUCCGGAGAACGUCCAUUCAAGUGUGAAAUCUGUGAAAAAUCAUUCACACAAUCUUGUAUUCUGAAAAAACACAUGCUCAGUCAUACAGGAGAAUGCCCAGACAAAUGUGAAAUAUGCAAUGAGGUAUUUGCAUCAUCAGAUAACUUGAAAAAGCAUAUGCGCACUCAUACAAAAGAACGUCCAUACAAAUGUGAAAUAUGCAGUAGGACAUUUACAGAAUCAAAUAGUUUAAAAAGGCAUAUGCUUAUUCAUUCAGGAGAGCGACCGUUUAAAUGUGAAUUCUGUGAAAAAUCAUUCAGGCAAUCAGGUGUUCUGAAAAAACACAAGCAGGCAAUUCAUAGCAGAGAAGAUCUAUAA